AUGGGCGCGGCGGAGGAGACGACGAUGAGGCUGCUCUGCAGCCACGGCGGCCGCCUCGUGCCGUGCGGCCCCGGCGGCGGCCUCCGGUACGUCGGCGGCGAGACGCGCGCCCUCGCCGUGCCGCGCGGGGCCCCCUUCCGCGAGCUGACGGCGCGGCUGGCGGAGAAGGCCGGCGCCGGCGGCGACGCCGUCACGGCGGUCAGGUACCGCCUCGCCGACGGGGGCCUCGACGAGGACCUGCUGGUGUCGGUCACCUCCGACGAGGAGCUCGCCCACAUGCGCGACGAGUACGACCGCCUCAGGGCGACGCGGCCGUCCGCGAGCUUCCGGGUGUUCGUCUCCACCGCCGCUGGUGUCCAGCAGCAGCGGCGCCAGCCCGUCGCGCCCCCGAUGAUGAUGCGGCGCGCGCGGAGCGCGCAGGAGCUCGCCGGGCGCCUGGCGCGCCGGCCUUGCCCGCCGGCCGGGCGGAGCGCCGCUGCGCCGUCCGUGCGGCGAGUGCACAGCGCGCAGGAGCUCGCCGCCGGGGGCGGCCACUCGCGCCAGUACAGUUUAUUGCUUGUUGAUGUUGAUGUAGAUUGUUUCAAAGUUACAUCUACAAUAUGUUGGCUUCACAGCCUGCAUGAGUUCAUGGCGCAGUGA